AUGGACGAGAUAACGCCCGUUGAGCCGGCUGCCACGCGCCACGACGUCGAAGCCGGCAAACAAGCCACGGCGCUGGUCACCGAGGUGCGGGCUGAGGAGCCACUGCCCGCCAACAGCUUUGCUUUUACGCCAUCCCAGUUGCACAAGCUGCUGAAGCAGAGGAGCCUUGCGGCACUCAACGUCUUUGGUGGGCUCCGUGGCCUUGCGCUGGGCCUCCGAACCGACCUCUCAGCCGGUCUCAGUGUCGACGAGUCGAGUCUCGAUGGCACCAUCAACUUUGAAGAAGCAGUUGCGGCUGCUCAUGCGAAUCGCACGCCUGUCAUCUCUCCGGCCGACGCCCCAAAUGUUCGCCCGGGCUUAAGCUUUCAUAUAGGCAGAUCUGACGAUGAAGACCGCUUCGUCGACCGGAGGCGGAUAUUCGGCGCCAACAGACUGCCCCGACGUCGGCAAAAGUCGUUUUUCAAGCUCAUGUGGAUUGCCUUCAACGACAAGCUGAUGAUUCUGCUCACAGUCGCCGCCACUAUAUCUCUGGGAAUUGGUCUCUACCAAUCUCUGACUGCCGACGAGGAUGCUUCCAACAUCGAAUGGGUUGACGGAGUGACCGUUGUGGCAGCCAUCGUCGUCAUUGUCUUGGCCAGCGCGGCCACUGACUGGCAAAAGAAUCACCGCUUCGAAAAGCUUAAUGAGCGACAGCAGCAGCGCGAAGUAACUGUUCUCCGGUCGGGCAGGAUCCAGCAAAUAUCCGUAUACGAUGUCAUGGUUGGAGAUGUCAUGCACAUCGAGGCUGGCGAGGUUGUGGCGGCCGACGGUGUUCUUGUCCAGGGCUCCAGCUUAUACAUCGAUGAGUCUUCCAUCACGGGAGAAUCUCAGCUGGUCCGCAAAAUGGUGCCGGAGGAGUACAGCCGCUCUUGGGCCACUCCAGUCGAUCCCUUCAUUUUCAGCGGCACCACUGUCUGUCGUGGUAUCGGCCGCAUGUUGGUUCUCUCUGUUGGUGAACAUUCAAGCUAUGGGAGGAUGCUCAUGUCUCUGCGAGAAGAUGUUGAAGAAACCCCUCUUCAGGCGAAGAUGGGCAGAUUGGGAAAGCAGCUCAUCACAUUUGGCGCCAUUGCUGGCGCCAUCUACUUCGUGAUCCUGUUCAUCCGCUUCUUGGUUCGGCUACCACACCACAAGCAUGCCCGGCCCACCCGUAGGGCCGAACAUUUUCUCCAUAUCCUCAUGCUUGCCGUUACCAUCGUGGUCAUCACAAUUCCUGAGGGACUGGCGCUGAAUGUCACCGUCGCGCUUGCAUUUGCCACUACGAGGAUGCUCAAAGAUCACAAUCUUGUUCGCCUCAUUCGAUCCUGUGAGAUCAUGGGCAAUGCCACUUCCAUAUGUUCAGACAAGACGGGAACCCUCACGCAGAAUAAAAUGUCUGUUGUUGCCGGCCGCGUUGGACUCGAGAGUGGCUUUGAAGAUAGCGAUGUUCCCCUCGCUACCUCCAGCUCGGCUAGUACUUCAUCUACAUCGCGGCUACCGUCAUCGAAGCACUUCAUGUCGACUGUCUCUCCAGAAGUACGGAGCCUGAUUAAAGAUAGCAUAGCUCUCAACUCCACGGCUUUUGAGAGAGAUGACUCUGCAGGAGCCGACUUUAUCGGAUCGAGCACCGAGACAGCCCUGCUCAAGUUUGGCCGAGAGCAUUUAGGCAUGGGCAAGCUUCGGGAAGAACGAGCCAACGGCAACAUCAUCGCCAUGCUACCUUUUGACUCGGCUCGAAAAUGGAUGGCAGUCCUAGUCAAGCUUCCCAACGGCAGAUACCGCCUACUGGUCAAAGGAGCUGCAGAAAUCGUGUUUGAAUAUUGCGCGUUUAUCGUUGAUGACCCGACCUUUCGAUUUACUACCUCUCGGCUCGAGGAGACCGACAGAAGGAGCUUCCGCAGAACCAUCUACGAAUAUGCCACGAAUAUGCUGCGGCCCGUGGCUAUUAGUUUCCGAGAUUUUGAUGAGCAUGAAGUAUUCGAGAAUCCAGGUGAUGACCCCACCACUGUCAACCUGGAAUGGCUUGCAUCUGGCAUGAUGUUUAUUGGUUUCUUUGGCAUCCGUGACCCGCUUCGACCAGAGGUGGUUAAUUCCGUCCGCCAGUGCCAGGACGCCGGUGUCUUUGUGCGUAUGGUUACCGGCGACAACUUCCUCACUGCCAAGGCCGUAGCCACAGAGUGUGGUAUAUACACUCCCGGCGGCGUUGCUAUGGACGGCCCUACUUUCAGAAAGUUGACGCCGUCUCAGCGUGACGCCAUCAUUCCGCGCUUGCAGGUACUGGCGAGAUCUAGCCCGGAAGAUAAAGUGUUACUCGUCUCCCGUCUGAGAGAAAUGAAAGAAAUCGUUGCUGUUACCGGUGACGGGACAAACGAUGCACUAGCUUUGAAAGCUGCUGAUGUUGGCUUUGCUAUGGGUAUGCAGGGCACUGAAGUGGCCAAGGAAGCUGCUUCUAUCAUUCUUCUUGACGAUAAAUUCGCGUCCAUUGUGAAAGCCCUCGGUUGGGGCAGGACAGUGAAUGACGCGGUCAAGAAGUUCAUCCAGUUUCAAUUUACAAUCAACAUAACAGCUAGCAUCACAACAGUCAUCUCGGAACUUGUGGGUGAUUCCAUCUUUACAGUCGUACAGCUCCUCUGGAUAGAUCUUAGCAUGGAUAUAUGUGCUUCUCUCGCAUUUGCUACCGACCAUCCUACGUCAGAUUCUCUGAUGCGCAAACCUGAGCCUCGCAAUAAAGCCAUUGUGAGCAUCACCAUGUGGAAGAUGAUUCUUGGUCAAGCCAUCUAUCAGCUUUUAGUCGUAUUCUUAGUACAUUACGUUGGUUGGGACAUUUUCAACCCUGGUACUAAGCACGAGAUCGAUAAGCUGCAGACGCUUGUGUUCAAUAUUUAUGUCUUCAUGCAGCUUUUCAACCAGCACAACUGUCGCAGAGUGGAUAAUGGGAUUGAUAUCUGGCAUCAAGGGUUUUUCACCAACCCUUGGUUUAUUGGUGUGCAGCUUUUGACACUUUUAGGCCAGUUCCUUAUCGUCUUUAAAGGCGGCGAAGCUUUCGACACCAAACCAUUGACUGGUGCCCAGUGGGGAUGGAGCUUGCUAUUUGGCAGUCUUACCAUUCCUCUCGGCGCCUUGAUCCGUCAAGUACCUGAUCGAUACGUUUUGGCCUUUUUCCUUGGAUUGAAGAGACUAUUCCUUUUUAUUACGGCUCCUAUCAGGAAUUUGUGGGCCAAAGUCUUCCAGAAGAAAAAACAGCAAAUCGGCGAGGGCUCCCAACAAGAGCUGGGCGCUGUCGGGAACUUGGUCGUUCGGUCAGGCACAACUUUACUGAGUCCAGUGGGGCUGACAGACACUGGCUCACGACUUGGCCACGCAAAUCAACCCACCUCAGAUAGCAAGACGCAGCUUGCUCAUAGUAGUAUAGCUGAGAGCUCUGCCAUGGCUUCUAUGUCGGUGAUUGAAAAGAUAGAGAUCGAUCUAGAAGCAUUGAUCGACGCCGCCAGAUUGGGCAGGCUCGCAGAUAAAGAGAUGUUGGAGAUUCACCCUCGCACGCUGAAGGACGACCCGAUUCUACUACCACGGUCAGACACCAGCAUACCGCCUAGCCAAGAUCCCAACAUUCUCCGACAUCUCAUCAGAGUCGUGAGGAACGAUGUACAUGGUCCACCUAGGAGGCCUGUUCAGAGACCUACAGUUCCUAAUCGAGUCACCUGGGUUGAGCCAAGGCGACCAGACCCGGCUCGAACCCGGCAGCAGCAAACUCGACGCGAUUGGCUCUCAUGGGAGGGUUGGCUGAGGACCAGAAGACGAUAG